AUGGACGCUGCCAAUGGAGUGCGGAGGAAGGACACGACCAAAGGCCCUCCUCUACGUCUGCUCAGUCUGGAUGGCGGCGGUGUGCGCGGCUACAGCAUGCUGAUCAUCCUGCAAGAGUUGAUGCACCGCACAUUCGUCGAGAUUGAAGGUCGCGCCCCAAAGCGACACGAGAUUCCGAAACCAUGCGACCACUUCGACUUGAUUGCCGGAACCGGCACCGGCGGCCUGAUUGCCAUCAUGCUGGGUCGUUUGCGACUCGAUAUCGAAACAUGCAAAGACGUCUACGUACGCAUGACCCGGCGAGUCUUUGAGACGGACAAGACCAUUGCCGGCAUCCCAUACCGUUCCACUCUGUUCAAAGCCAGCAAACUCGAAGAAGCCAUUCGAGAGUGCGUCCGAGAGCACACGAUAUACGACGAUGAAGGCAAUGACUCUCAGGAUGCCGUGUCCUCAUCGUCCCGCCAGAGUCUCCAGGUUGCGAGGCCUGCUCGCUCCGUCAGCGUUGCCAGCAGACACAGCACCAUCGGCAUGACUCCAGUAGACCCUCGCACAUCUGUCGGCAUCUCCAGAUGGGGCAACCCCAACGCUUUACUUUACGACAGUCGCGAGAACAGGACAAAAACUGCCGUGACAGCCGUCUAUCGUGGCACUCCCAAAGGCGGAAAGCCCGCCCUGUUGCGCUCAUACGACUCGCGUAAGGAGUCCUCACCCGAGUACAACUGUUACAUCUGGCAAGCUGGACGAGCCACCUCGGCCACCGCUCUUGCUUUCAAGCCUAUUCAGAUUGGUCAGAGUACCUUCCUCGACGAAGGUGCUGGAAAGUACAACCCAAGUCCGCAAGUCCUCGAUGAGGCCGUCUGCAACGAAUGGCCGGGAAGAGAUGUGGGUGUCUUCUUCAGCAUCGGAACCGGCAAACGUCCUCCUGGCACAAACAACCGGCAGACAGAGUGGUGGGAAGAUUUUAUUGGAGGUGGCAUGGGCGACUUUGCCGAAGCCCGCCGCAGGCUGAUUGCGAAGAUUGAAGCUUGUGAGGAGACACACCAAUAUAUGCUUGACGAAUAUCUGUCAAAACGACAAGUCAACCGUCAGAACUACUAUCGCCUGAACGUCGAGGUCGGUGUCGGCGAGUAUGGCAUGAACGAAUGGAACAGGCUGGGAGACAUCAGCACCAGCACACGCAUGUACCUUGCUCGACCCGAAGCCCAGGCGCAGAACUUCGAUGCGGCUGCGAAACUCGCCAAAGUGUACUUCAGCAAGAUUCGUCAUGAACGACAGCCAUCGUGGGAUGGCCAGGAAGUCAUCAACACUACCUCGCGACACAACGCUCCCCUUCCUGCAAUCCCUCUCCCUAGCAAUCCUCUUGCUGUUGAACUCCCGGCCGACGACGUCUUUCCGCCCCAAUCAUAUCAGCAACGUCCACCAACAUCACAGCCGCCCAUGCGUCAAUCAUCCAUCGCCGACAUGAAAUACACGGUUGUGCCGGAUGACCAAUGGCCUCAGUCAGAGCCUUUGAGAACGCCCACUAGCGCUACACGUCCUUCACCGCCCCCAGGUGCCUACCGACCCUCAAUGGAUUCCAUGCACCGUUCCAGUGGCUCGCUAAGUCAAUACCGACCAGAGUCGCAGGACAGCGGGACAGCAGCCUAUGCGCCCCCUCUACCGCCGAAAACCCCUCUACCAUAUCCAGAUAAUGUCGCGCCGCUGAGCCCUACUGUUGGCAGCCCAGCCGUUGCAAGUCCGAUGAGACAUUCAUCACAUAAUGGAGGAUUGUUCAACAUUGCACCGCUACGUCAAGCUCUACCGCCGUAUCCAGACACAGAUGGUCCUCCACCCAUCGUCAACAUCGCACGCAAGCCUGAGUACACUGGCGGACCUCGCUACUAG